CCAAGUAAAUUGACCUUGAAAGUGUGGUUUUUUCUGGAUCUCAUUACGAACCCUCCAUUGGGCGUAUCUGAGUGGUCCUAGAUUAUAACUCUAAAAUCUAACGUGAGUGUGACUCUGAGAAGAACCAAGAUGGCCAAUCUUUCAAGUCCCAACAGAAUGUUGGCGUUUCUCUUCCUCACAUUGGUCCAAAUCCAAAGCAAGGUUUUUUGCUACCAAUACAAAGUUGGAGAUCUUGAUGCUUGGGGCACACCCACCUCAUCAAAUCCACAACUCUACAAAAAAUGGUCCACGCAUCAAAAUCUCACAAUCGGAGAUUCCCUUCUGUUUCUGUACCCACCAAGCCAAGAUUCAGUGAUUCAAGUCACCGAAGAAUCCUUCGUGAAGUGCAACAUCAAAGACCCUAUCUUGUACAUGAACAAUGGCAACUCCUUGUUUAACAUUACAUCAAAGGGCCAAUUCUACUUCACUAGUGGUGUGGCUGGCCAUUGCCAGAAGAAUCAGAAGCUUCAUAUAGCUGUAGGUGAAGGAAUAAUCUCAGAAAAUGUUGAUUCUGCAGAUGCUGCUCCUGCAUCUGCACCCUCUUAUCCCACAGUAUUUGGCAAUAUUCCUGUAGCUGCUUCUACCUCAACACCAGCAACCUCAACCUCAUCUCAACUCACUUCAACCUUUCAAGUUCUCAUCAUUGGAUUUCUGAUAUCUGCAUUCUUUUCUUCCUUAUGUGAGUAUUAGCUACGUGAACGUGACAAUGUCAAUGUCAAUGUCAAUGCUCAAUGCUCAAUGAUUCAUUUUUUGAGUUUACCCUUUUCAUAUAAUGAUUCUUUCACCAUUGUAAUACUUUUGUGAUUGGAGAUUUGCGUUAUACUGUUUCAAUCCUUCAUUUAUCAGAGACAAAUUUGACAAA